UCCUUGUCAAGAUAAUAUGAUCUGCUUUCACUCCUAAUGAAAUUGUUUCAAUCUGGUGUCACACACUCCUUCCAAGUAUUCUGUUUAUAAAUUAUAAUGAAAAUAUUUGGUUGAUGAUAAACACCAGCUUGGGUUUCACGUCAACACCCUUAUUAUAAAUACCUUAGGUUCUCUAUUUGUACUAUAAAUACCACUCAUCUUCACCAUUACUCUAAAUUGACACAUUCCCUCCUCUUGUUUUCUCUGCCUAUCUUCUUAAUGGGAGAUAACAAUGUGAACCUUCCACCGGGGUUUCGAUUUUAUCCAACAGAUGAAGAGCUUGUGGUCCAUUUUCUUCAUAGAAAGGCAGCACUCUUACCUUGCCACCCUGAUGUCAUCCCUGAUCUUGAUCUCUAUCCUUAUGAUCCUUGGGAACUUGAUGGUAGAGCGUUGGCAGAGGGAAAUCAAUGGUACUACUACAGCAGGAGAAUACAGAGUAGGGUGACUGAGAAUGGAUAUUGGAAAGCAACGGGAAUGGAAGAACCAGUGAUGACAAGCUCAAGCAACAAGAGAGUUGGCAUGAAGAAAUACUUUGCGUUUCAUCUUGGUGAAUCCCCUUCUGCUAUCAAAACAAAUUGGAUAAUGCAAGAAUAUUGCCUUUCCGAUUAUUCUGCUUCCUCUAGCAGAUCCUCCAAAAGAAAAUCAGAUUAUAGUAAAUGGGUGAUAUGUCGUGUUUAUGAACGCAAUGGAGAUGAUGAUGAUGGAACGGAGCUCUCCUGUUUGGAUGAAGUUUUCUUGUCACUCGAUGAUCUUGAUGAAAUAAGCUUACCAAAUUAAAUUAAUCAAGCUAGAUAGCUGCAUUAAUUAGUAUAAUCCAAAAUGGAUAUAAUUAUUAAGUAUAUAGCAGUGUGAUGUUGCAAGUAUAGGUAGGUUUAGAUUUCUAUAGCAGCCCUUUAACACAAGUGGAAGUGGGGCACUAUGUGAAAUUCAUGACCAAACAAUAUGUACUAUGACGUUAUGCUUUCAAAGAUUCCAUUUAUCA